CAUCACUAUUCCUAGACCCAUCCCUGUCUGAUACACACAAUCCGACAGUUCAAUAUAUGUCAACCUUGGACGAAUUGAUAACGUUUAUUGAUAUGCUUUUUUAUGUUGUCUUCAUUUAUCACGAGCUAUUCACGCAUGGGUUUUGCUCUGAGGUGUCAGUCAGACAGUAUUGACAGUUUAUUCUGUAAAUUUAUAAAGCAGGGACCUUUAGUCAUCUUAGCUUUACUAUGACAAAGAUGUGAAAAUCCUUCAAAUAGAUUUAUACUUGAAUAAUUCCUUACCCAAGUAGGUACUUAAAAAUAAAUUACCUACUGAUAUUAACUAUCUGGGGUUGUCCUAAGUUGGAAAAACUGCAUAACCAAGGGACUACGUGUUUAUAUUACAAAAUGGCUUCAACUAAUUUAAUGUCUUUGAGCGAUAUAGAAAAAAAGAAAUUUUUGGAAUCAUUUGAUUCUUUUAUUUCAGAUUGUGAUGGUGUACUAUGGCAUGGCAGAAAACCUGUUUCUGGAGCUCAGGAUGUUUUGAAAAACCUUGUUUCAAUGGGAAAACGAAGAUUUUAUUUUACCAACAAUAGCACAUUGACAAGAAAACAAUUUAUUGAAAAAUUCAAUACCCUUGGAUUUGAUGCUGAAGAGGAUGAAAUACUUUCAACUGCUUGGCUUACUGCUAAAUAUUUGAAAAAUAUUAAUUUUAGUAAAAAAGUAUAUGUUAUUGGAGGAACAGCUGUCAAAGAAGAAUUAGAUGCAUUUGGAAUUGAAAACAUUGGUGUUGGUCCUGAUAAUUAUAUGCCUAAAAAUUCCUCUAGUUUCUCUUUAGGGAAUAGCAAUAUUGAGUUAGUUCCUGAUGUAGGAGCUGUAGUGAUUGGCUAUGAUUUUUUCUUCAGCUAUCCCAAACUCAUGAAGGCCUGUUCUUAUUUGAAUAAUCCAGAGUGCUUGUUUAUUGCUACAAACAAAGAUGAAAAGUUCCCAGCUGCGGAUGGUGUUAUCGUCCCAGGUGCUGGAGCAUUUGUUGCAGCAUUAGAAACAUGCUCUGAAAGGAAUGCAGUGGUAAUGGGCAAGCCAUCUCCAUUUGCCAUAGAUAAUGUCCUCAUUCCAAGUGGCUUAGAUUCAAAGCGUUGUCUUAUGAUAGGUGAUAGAUGUAACACUGACAUUCAAUUUGGUAAUCAGAGAGGUAUGACUACAUUGCUGGUUGAAACUGGAGUUCACAAAUAUAGUGAUCUGGAGAAAUUCAAAUCUUCAGGGAUGAAUCAUCUAAUUCCAUCAUAUUACACUUCUUCAGUGGCUGAUCUUUUGGAAAUAAUGAAUCUGUGAUAAAAACUAGUCAUUCAUUACUCUUAUUUAUUUUAUAUGGUUGUUUGUUUUUACUUAUUUAUUGAACUGAUGUCAUUGUUGGUCUGAUUGUUUUUAAAAACAAUAAAAUACAUAGUAUAAUAUUGAUAGUUUAUAAACUUU